UUCGCCGCCACCCGCUUCGCCCGCGCCUUCUCUUCUGAUCACGAGUCAGCCCCUCCCAACGUCUCGAACAGCUUAUCCUGCGUCUCCGUACAGCCCAGGGCGCGGCGAGCAAUGGAGGUGGGCGCGGGCAUGGCGACGCAACCGCGGACGGCGGUGCUCGGGCCCGGUGGGCGCCGGAGCGCGCUGCUCAGCGAGGAGAGGCGGGCGCGGGCGGGGAGCUUGCGGAUCGUAGGCCCGGCCGGAGCGGCCGCCUUGGCCGUGCGGGCCCGCCAGGCCAAGCCCGUUGCCCCGCUCUGCUGCGUCAAGGCAUCGAGAGGUGAUGAGAGCUCGCAUAGUUCAGCUGACGAAGCCCUCUUGUUGAAGCAUAAAUCAGAAGAAGUUCUGUUCUACUUGAAUGGGCGGUGCAUUUACCUUGUUGGAAUGAUGGGCUCUGGUAAGAGUACCGUGGGGAAGAUCUUAGCCGAAGUUUUGGGUUAUUCAUUCUUUGACAGCGAUAAGUUGGUGGAACAAGCAGUUGGCAUGCCGUCCGUUGCUCAGAUAUUCAACGUUCAUAGUGAAGCAUUUUUCAGAGAUAAUGAGAGUAGUGCCUUGAGGGAUUUGUCCUCAAUGCGGCGAUUAGUUGUUGCAACUGGAGGUGGUGCUGUUAUUAGGCCAGUUAACUGGAAAUAUAUGAAGAAAGGCCUAUCUGUUUGGUUGGAUGUGCCUUUGGACGCUCUUGCGAAGCGUAUUGCUCAAGUGGGGACCGCUUCUCGUCCUCUUCUAGACCAGCCAUCCGGCGAUCCAUACACAGCGGCUUUCUCAAAACUGAGCAUGCUUGCGGAGCAGAGAGGCGAUGCAUAUGCAAAUGCUGAUGCAAGAGUUUCUCUUGGAGAGAUUGCAGCUAAGCAGGGUCAUGGUGAUGUUUCUAAGCUGACACCAACUGAUAUCGCUAUUGAGGCGCUACACAAGAUUGGGAAUUUUGUCACUGAGCAUUCUACAACCUAUGGAUCAGGUGGCGACUUACAUGUUGAUUCCCAGAGUCGCAGGAUGCAAGAAUCUUGAGCUUUUUCUUGUACCAUGUACCUGUAGAGUACGGGUUAGCAUUAUUUAUUUGUUCUUUAGUUACUGAAUGAAAUCUGAAAAUGAAUCAUAGGGUGAAAAGCAUGCACUCCUUGUGAGGCUGUAAGGCUGAAGAAUAUGUCCUCCUUGUAAACAACAUAGAAUAAUCGGUGGUGGAGCUGGCUCGAGAAGUUCCAUA